ACUUCUCGUCUGUGCGGUCAGUCACUCCCUUCUCUCAUUGUUCAUCGCGUUCUGUCUCCUCCUCUCCCCUCGCUGGCUAGGGUUUCUUUUGCUCUGGUCUUUGAUGGUGCUCGGAUUCAGUGCCCCCCUUCUUGGAUCCGUGAGGAGAUCUGCUUUUUCAGGUAUGUAUAUGCUCGAAUCUCUCGUCCUUUUGAUUAGUUCUAGUUCGUGGUUUAGGUUUGAUGCUUGGUGCGAUGCGUUUGUGCAAGCAUGCGUUGGCUAGGGUUUGCCAGUCCCCUCCUCGUUCUCAUACUGAAGCGGGAUUGGAGGUGUAGAUUUGUAGCCCUCUAUUCUGUAGUUUUUUUGUUAAUGUUUUGUUGCUAGGGUUUCUUAGGUUUAUAUUUUUCUUGUUCCAAUCUGCGCCAUGUUGAGCCUUUGUGUGAUGUUGGCCCCAUCUUUUAAGCCUUUGUGUGAUGUUAGCCCCAUCUUUGAGCCUUUGUGCUAGGGGUUCUUAGGUUUAUAUUGUUAAUUUUUCUUGUUCCAAUCUGCGCCAUGUUGAGCCUUUGUUAGUCUUAGAUUGUUAGGGUUUCUCAAUUUUCCUUCUUUUAUGUUCCAAUCCACCAUUAGGUCUUAUACUGCAGUUUUGGAUUUGAAUUGCCUAUUAGUUUUAUAUUCUUUUUUAGAUGUGUUCUUUUUGCAUGUUCUAGGUGUUUUUUUCUGUGUUUUAAGGGCUUAUUUUCUGAAAAAGAUCAUUCAUUUUUUGUAUCUAGUGUGUGUAUAAUCAUUGAUAGUUAUAGGUAGUAGGGUAGUUGUUACUUGAGUGAAAGAAGGUUUGAUUUUUUAGCCUAAAUGUUGAUAUCUUGUUUUUUGCCUGAGCAGUUUAAGAAGUUGUUGAAUUCAAUUUUUUAUGAGCAUUUUAGUAAGUAGUGUUAGUAUGAUGUUAUAGUAUUUGUUACUAAUUUGUCAAAAAAAUUAUUCUUUUGUUGCAGGCAUGGUUUGCCCUGUUUGUCGUUGUCCAAUUUUUUGUGUUUUCUAGUUGGGUUGCUUGUUUAUUAAGUUGUUUGUUAUCACUGUUGUGUAGUAUAAGCAUAAUUGCCUUGGUGCCAAAAAUUGUUAUGCCAAUGUUUGACACUGUGCCAAAUAUUGGCUACUACUUUGGUAGGUUACUGGUUUGUCUUGCCUAUCUCACAAAAAGUUGCCAAUAGUUUGGCAAGUAUUGGUAUUGCCAAUUUUUGUCAAUGCCAACUUUUGGCUAGCCAAAUUUUUGGCAGCAAACCAUCAUGCUCUAUAACUGUAAAGAACUUGGUUGAUAUGUUAUUUUUCUGCAGUUUAUGUUUGUGGUUCUAGUUAAUGUUCUUUUUGUUCCUUGGCAAUUGGCAUCGAGCAAGAAAAGCCUAGGGGGAGCUUCGCCGUUGCUUCCUCUGCUCCGCUCACCUGUCGUAUUUGGAGCAAAGCGAUCGAGGCAUCAACUAAAUAGUAUAUAUUUUUAUCAAGAGCAAUCUAUCCUUAAAAAGCAUCGCCUACUGCACCACCAUCAUGCUUUUGGGAACUGGCAGUACAAAUGAUUUUAAAUUAUAAAGAAGAAGAUUAUAUUAUGUGCAUGGAGCAAAGACGGGUGGGGUGGAGAUCUAUGCUGCUCCAACGUUGCACCCACUCAAAGAUGCAAAUUCUGCUAGCUUUAGCUCCAGGGAGGCGCCCAUUUUAAAGAUGCAAAUGCUCCGGCCAAUGCGGCCCAGCACCCCCUUUACUACGAUGAUGCUCUGGUUUGUUGCCUUCCGGUUUGGAUGCAUCAUGACCAAACUGUCCACGUAACAAUUCUACCUAUUGUGGGGCUGUUUUCUCAUAUUUUAGUAUAAAUGUAUAAUACGUGCCUGUGAACAGUGGAUUAUAUGGUGUACAAUACGUGAAAAACUAGUUACAUGUUGCCAAUAUAUUCUCAUGUGCAGCCGAUUAAUGAUCGACCGAUUAAUUCAGUUAAGUGGCCGAUUAACCGAUUAAUUGCUAAUCAGUAGUCGACCGAGCAGUUACCAGUUACCGAAUUCUCGAACAAUGCUUUUGAGGGAUUUGUGGUGUGCAAAGUUUAGUUUUUCUUUAGGGAUCCCCACACUUUAUUAAUUUGAACCAAAGAUCAAAGGGACACAAAGGGAGUCAUGCGGGUGUAGAAGCCACAAGUGGUGACCCGCAGUAAGCAAAACAGAAAAUUUUACAGGUUUGUGUGCGCCUUGAUUCGUUGCUCGGCCUUCAAACAUGAAAUCGCAGCUAGCAAAAUUUGCUCUUCUUCUUUCUAUCUUAUUCAGGAUUGUGAUAUGCGGCCCUCCAAAACCCUGUUUGAUAUCAUCCACAAUCGGUUUUCAGGGGGGCAAAGAUUUUUUUAAUUGUUUGUCAGGGGAAAAAGGUUUAGUUGAAAGGAAGGGUCCAUGGAAGCCCUGUAUUAAGCCCGUCGAUGUAGCAUUUUUGCACGUGUAAACACAGAGGCAUCUUAGCCCAUCGGGCUUUGCAGUCCGUUUUGAGUGCACCUAUAACGCCUGGUCUGGGCCCUAGUUCAACACGGUAACCAGCACAAGCCGGCCAGCGGGCCUGAGUCCAACACCCGAAGGAAAAAAACUUCCUCAGGCCCGCUUCUGCUACCGAAGGAAAAAAACUACAAUUUGUGUAGGUUUCGGAGGGAAUUUUUUUUUGCGAGAGGUUUCGGAGGGAUUCUCGUGUGAUCGUGUCAAUAUUGCUUGGAAACACAGCGCGUCGAUCGCGGCACACGAACGCGGAACGCCGGCGCUUCUUAGGGGCAACGAAAUCAAUGGCGCCCACCGGCUUCUGCGACCUGCCGACGGAGGCCCUGGACGACAUCGCACGGCGCGCGCCGGGCCGCUCGACAACGUCGCCUGCUCGGCCGUCUGCCGGUCGUGGCGCCGGGCGCUCAAGACCACGCGCCUCCGCGUGCUCGAACGCCCGAAGCUGCUGCACCACAUCCAUGUGGACCCUCGCUGCGAGUGCCCGACGUGGCGGCCGACCAUGCUCCACUGCGACUCCCGUGGGAGGGAGCCAUGGACCAAGAAGAUCUGCCUCUGUGCCAGGGAGUCUGACCGCCCCGUCGGCGUCGCCCUGGACAGCAAGACCGACUCCGCGCACCCGGCGUGCAUCAUCGGCUCCUCCUACGGCUGGGUGGUCACCGUCGACAGGGCGUGCAGCCUGGCCCUGCUGGAGCCGCUCACCGGCCGGCGGUUCCCGCUGCCUCCCGUCACCUCGUCGCUCGACCGCAGCGAGCAGGUCAUCAAGAACGUCAACCAGAUGGGCCAGAGCACGUUCCACAAGGCGGCAUUGGCACCCGGCCGCCGGCUCGGCACCUACGUCGUCAUGCUGAUCCACAGCGGCAGCUACGGCCUCUCGUUCCUCGCACCCGACGCCCAAUGCUGGACGGCGCUGCAGGCACCAGCAUGGGCACCGAGGAACUACCAGUACCAGGACGUCGUGUUCCACAAGGGCGCCUUCUACACGGUCGGCGUCGACUCCGAGCUGAACUCAUGGGUGACGGACGGGAGCUCCGCCGGCCUGCGGGCGAGGCUCGUCACGAGCCCACGGACGGAGCCGGUGUGGGCCGUGCUCGUGGAGUCGACGACCCGGGACGAGCUUCUGAUGGUGAGCACCCCCAAGGAUGAUGGCGGCGGACCGUCCUCGUGGAGUCGGCUUGACGUGUCGCGCUAUGACGGCGGCGGCCUCUGAGAGCACGCCGGACCAGUGUGUGCCCCAGACCCGGCAAGUGGCUAGGUUGGGGUCUCAGGUCGUAGAUGUUAGGGUUGGCUGCGAUGUCUGUUUGGUAUUAGGCCCAGGCUAUCUGCGCCCCUUCAUCAACUGGAUAGGUGUAGCGACAGUUGGUUGCUUAGA